ACAUAGAUCAGUUCGAAGUGGAGCAGUUGGGGAGGUGGCUCAAAUUCAAACCGCACAGUAGUUAAAAGUCCAGUUUACAAUGGCCAUGAGUGAUAAGCUGCAAGUAUUUCCAUCACGGGCCAAUCAGGUGCUGAUGAAGCAGCGAAUUCUUGCCGCCAAACGUGGCAUGGGUCUGCUGAAGAGAAAACGCGAUGCGAUCGACUUGAAGCUGCGGGAUCUGAGGCGACAAAUGGGUGACAAGGAGGAGACUGUGGACCAUUUGAUGCGUAAUGCCAUAUUCUCAGUGGCUAAGGCAAAUCUGCUGGGCACGGACUUUAAGCCCGUGAUUGUGGCGGACAGUGAGAAGGGGAAGACAUUUCUACGCAGGCGCAUGCAGAAGAUUGUGGGCAUUGCAUUGAACUACUUUGAACUGGAGGUACACGAGGAGGAGGUUGCCUUCCCCAUGACCGGUCUCAGUUGCGGGGGGCAGCAGGUGCACAGGGUGCGAAAGUACUUUCUGGAAGCACUCAGGGAGAUUGUGGAGUACGCGUCCUUGGAGUAUAUGCUAAGGAUGCUGACGACAGCCUCACAUCAGACAAAUAUGCGAGUGAAUGCCCUGGACUAUGUGGUUAUCCCAAGGCUGGUCAAUACUCACGUCUAUAUUUGCGGUGAGCUCGAAGAGUUCGAACGCGAGGAUUUUUACCGGCUGAAGCGAUCGCAGGCCAAACAGCUGGAGGCCAAGAUUGCCUUCACGGAACUCAUCAGGACCAAGAACAUGACGGACGAGGAACUCGCCGAUUACCUGAAGCGUGGCAGGCCCGCUCAUCCCGUCGCCGAUGUCCAGUUCGAUGUCGAUGUGUUCGAGUACAAAAACCUCGAGGAGCGUCUUCGGGAGGCUUACAUGCGACGUUCCAGUCGUCGAGACAAUGCCACGGAGGAGGCAAAGCUGGAUCCCAAUGUGAAGGCGUUCAUUGAUCAAGUUGCCUUCAAGAAUGAUCCUCGCGCCAGUAAGGCCAGUUUCAUAUCCCUAAGCAGACGUGUCCUCAAAACCGAGCCAGAGUCCUCACAAUCCUCAACUUGCAGCGAAAAAACUAACCGAAAUGCAUAAAUUAUACGUCAUUUUAUAAAAAAAAUCUAGUUGACAGGCAAUGAUAAAUUAAGUAUCGGAAUUUUCCCGAUAUCAUCAACAAGUUACACCAGUCGAAAAUAAAGCACAACUCUUUGCAAUCCA